AUGAAGACCGCCGCCAUCACCACCGCUCUCCUUGCUGCUCUCGCUGCGGCCAACCCUAUCGAGGUCCGCCAGGCUUCUGGCUGCAAGGCGUUCACCCUCCUCUUUGCCCGCGGCACCACUGAAAUGGGCACUCUCGGAUCCGUCGUCGGCCCCAGCCUCCAGACCAACACGCAGUCCGCGCUCGGUGCGGACCAGGUCAAUGUCGAGGGUGUCGCCUAUGCCGCCGACAUGGGCGGAAUUAUGUCCGAAUCCACCGGUUCCGGCCCCGGCAGCAUCGCCAUGGCCAACCAGGCCAACUCUUGGCUCCAGAAGUGCCCCAGCACCAAGCUCAUCCUCACCGGCUACAGCCAGGGCGGCAUGGUCGUCCACAAUGCCGCCAAGAAGCUCAGCGGCAAGCCCAUCGUUGCUGCUGUGACCUUCGGGGACCCUUUCAAGGGUCAGGCUGUUACCGGUGUUGCCACUGGCAAGUUCAAGAGCUUCUGCGCUACUGGCGACACCGUCUGCUCCGCUGGCGGUUGCGCUAGCUCCGGAGGAUGCACCAGCACCAGCGCUAGCGGACACAUUGGCUACGGCUCUGACACGAAGGCGGCUGCUGCCUUCAUCAAGACUGCAGUUGCUUAA